AUGGCCGCGAGCCGGAAGGCGCCAGUCGGAAGCCUUACCCCGCCAGACUUCGCGCGACCAGCCUCGCCCAAGCACCAGCUCGGCGUCAUGUCCGGAGAGAUUACUGCCUCACCCCCAACGCGACUCGGCGAUGCGGAACUGGGUAAAGAUGCUGAAGAAUCCAGGUGCGACGACGCGCCUGCACCAAGCCCGCUCGAAUAUACAUCCUUCACGCAGUCGCAGCGGCGGCGACUACGGCCGCUUCUUGGGUUGGCAGCUAUCACGUCACCCUUGACCGCGACCAUCUACUUCCCCCUUCUUCCCCUGCUGCGCACACAGUUCAGUACUACAGCGCAGGCUAUCAAUCUUACAAUAACCCUCUACAUCAUCUUCCAAGCCAUUUCACCCGUCAUAUUCGGACCACUGUCUGAUGUUCAUGGCUGGCGACCCUACUUCCUGGCCACUCUGGCCCUGUACGUCAUCGGUAACUUAGGAUUAGCUCUUAACAAGCGCAACUAUGCUAUUCUCUUAGUCCUGCGCGCGAUACAGAGUCUCGGGGCCAGUGCAGCGUAUGCCAUCAGCUUUAGUGUCGUUGCAGACGUCUGCGUGGCUAGCGAACGAGGGCAGAUGCUAGGCCCAAUCAGCAUGGCCAUGAAUCUGGGCACUUGUGUAGGUCCAGUCGUAGGAGGCGUCGUGGCACACACAAGUGGAAACAUCAAUUGGGUAUUCUGGGCCCUGUUCAUUGUCGGCGUAGUCUUGCUGGUCGGCGUAGGCGCGCUCCUCCCCGAGACGGCCCGCAACAUGGUCGACAAUGGCAGUGACAAGUCUAGAUACCAGUGGUGGCAGUACAGCUGGGUAGGCCUCUUACGAGAGCGGAUGAAGGUCAAAGCAGCAAAGAGACUGAAUGAAGACGGUGCGACUGCAAUUUCAUCGGCGGCAGCCCCAUGCCAGACGACUAAGCGGAAGUACGGACUAUCUAACUUGCUCGCCUGCUUUCGCAUCAUCUUCUAUAGGGACACGUUCCUCACCUUAUGGGUUCACGGAUCGUUCUACACAGUGGACUACUGCUUCGUUGCAGCGGGUCCAGACAUCUACAAAGAUAUAUACCAUUGGAAUGAGCUUUACAUUGGCUUAUCGUACCUUCCGCGUGGCAUUGGCACCAUUGCCGGGGCCUACUUUACCGGAAAGAUGAUGGACUACAACUACUGUGCCGUUGCUCGCAGCAUCGACUGGACCAUCGACAAGGUAUCUGGUGAUGACCUCCUGAAGUUUCCAAUCGAGCGUGCAAGGACAAGAUACAGCUACGCCAUGCUAAUGAUAUCGACAGCGACCAUGAUCGGCUAUGGAUGGACUGUCCAAUAUCACGCUCACCCGGCUAUACCAUUGGUCCUACAGUUUUUGCAAGGUUUCUGGGGUUGCUACGGCUACACGACGUUCAGCACCUUGCUAGUGGAUUCUUUCCCUCAAAGUCCAAGCACCGCCGCAGCUGCUACGAGCAUCACACGCUGCGCCAUGGCCGCGACAGGAGUUGCGGUCUUAGAACCAUUGCUGAACGCAGCUGGUAGAGGAUGGUACUUUACGGCUCUAGGCCUGUAG